CUGGAUUAUAUUCUGUGGAUGCCCUACCUUCUUGACUAACAUAAGGGUUGACAGUGCUACAAAGUACCAUUGAAUCGCCUGAACUCAAAGAUUCACACCUCACAAUCAUCAUGUAUUAUAUACAGAAGCUGCCUGGUACAUCCCCAGAGGUCUCCAUUAUGAUGCUCAAGCAACUGCUCGAACAGGUCAUUCUUCUCCCAAAUAACGAAACUUCGCUCGAGAAAGUGUUUAUAACAUUCGUACAUGGAUUGAUGCAUUCAAAGAAAUGUGCAAAUACUAGCUUCGAAGUAUUCCAGGAGACAAUUGCCAGCUUAAGCAGGCAUUAUAAACAGCCCUUGAGUGAAGCGGCAACGGAAGCAACACUCAUCGUACGUUAGCCUUUAUCAUAGCUCCAGCUACUAUAGUAGGGCUCAUUGAGAUAUAGCUCAUCUGGAAACAGGUCAAUGAUGCGAUCUCGAAUGACGACA